AUGUCCCUCAGAGAAAUGAAAAGCACGUCCAGCACCAUCGUAACAAGCUCCUCCGCCUCAUCCACUACUGCUAUAGGCACGACUUCUGAGCUCCCGUCGACUUCGUCGGAGACUACUUCCAUGUCGAGCUCCAUGAGUGAGAUUACAUCCGCUGCUCGCACUGAUAGCAACUCUAGUAUUGCAUUUGAGACCGCCUCUUCCGCAUUAUCCACGGCGAUCGCGUCUAGUGGGGCACGUGGAACCUUUUCAACAGUUUCACUAGCAGCCAGCGCAUCUAACACUAUGACCAAGACAAGUUCCUCUGCCACCGCGACUGAAACGACUUCCUGCACAGAUUCUGCAUCUAGCUCUGAUGGCAGUGCUACUUCCACUAUCCAUUCCAUUGACAUUUCUGUUACGGGAACAAAAAUCGCGCCUACGAGCACGGCCACCCCGGUCGUUUCAACUAUAACCCCAGGAGCCUCGAUGACGGGGACUGAAACGUCUCCGGGUGUUUCGCCGACAAACAGUGCAACUGCCCUAGUGACGGUUACCUCUGCGUCUGCAUUUCCAACUCGCACAGCUAUGGCUUUAGAUAUAACGCAAACUACUCCAUGCGAUACUUCUCCAGGAAUUGCUUCCAGUACAGCACUCCAGUUUGAAUCUCCUCCGCCCUUCACAUCCGUCACUACUGGCAAAUGGAGCUCCGUUAAUAGCCAUUCUUCAGCGGCGCCAUCAAGCUCAGUCUAUAUGACUUCACUCUCUUCAAUGACAGGGAGCCCAGUAUCAACUGCGCAGCCCACUCAGUUCACAACAUCCACGGUCUACUCAACUGAAAUUGUGACUGUUACUGCGCGUCCAUCAACUGUGUACGACUGUCCUGCAUCCCAACGGACAACUUACGUUACGACGAAGACCAUCGCCACUUCGACAACAGUGUGCCCGAGAAUUGAAAAAUUUCAGCAGACGGAUUUAGCGAUUGAGAUCACUGCCGCAUCUCGUGCGGUUCCUCAGUCAACACUGUACAUCGUAGCUCCUCCAGCAACCACACCAGGCUGCGUUGGCCCGACUGCAUUCACGCAAACCAUGUCAGGCGCGACGGUGUCAGCUUCUAUGGCUGCCUCCUCCCUAGGCAGCAGCAGUGCCACAUUGAAGGCGCGACAGGGCCAUUUUCGUCUCCAAGCUGUGCAGAAAGUGACGAUUCUCCAGCUCAGAGUUCCGUCGCAUCGCAAGGUACAAUCAUUGGUCUCCCGAAACCCGAUGAUAUUCAAACCAGCAACAUCAGCCCAGUACCCACAGGUUGUAUAA